CGGAGAGGACACACCCUGUGGUCUGUCGUCCAGAGGGCACCCAGGUCUCCUCCAUCCUCACGGCCUAGACCGCAGGGAGGAGACGCCAUGGCCCCCUCCCUCCCCGCCCUGCUCUGCCUCGGGCUGAGUGUGGGCCUGAGGACCCAGGUGCAGGCUGAGAACCCCCCCAAACCCACCAUCUGGGCUGAGCCAGGCUCUGUGGUCCCCUGGGGGAGCCCCGUGACCAUCUGGUGUCAGGGGCCCCUUGGGGCCCAAGAGUUCCGUUUGGAUAAAGAGGGAAGCUCAGUCCCCUGGGACAGACAGAAACCCCUGGAACCAGGGGACAAGGCCAAGUUCUCCAUCCCACAGAUGACCAAGCAGCACGCAGGGCGCUAUUGGUGCUACUAUCUCAGGGGAACUCGCUGGUCAGAGCUCAGUGACCGCCUGGAGCUGGUGGUGACAGGACAAUACAGCAAACCGCGCCUCUCAGCCCUGCCGAGCCCUGUGGUGACCUCGGGAGGGAACGUGACCCUGCAGUGUGGCUCCCGUCAGGGAUUUAACAGGUUCCUUCUGACCAAGGAAGGAGAAGACGAGUCCUCUUGGACCCUGGAUGGACAGCGGAGCCCCGACGGGCAGACCCAGGCGCUGUUCCCCGUGGGCCCCGUGAGCCCCGGACACGAUUGGAGGUUCAGAUGCUACGGCUUUAACAGGGACACCCCCCGGGUGUGGUCGGCCCCCAGCGACCCCCUGGCGCUCCUGGUCUCAGACUACACGGUGCAGAAUCUCAUCCGGAUGGGCCUCGCGGCCUCGGUCCUGCUGCUCCUCGGGGUCCUGCUCUGCCAGGCUCGGCACGACCGCAGAGAAGCCCGAGACGCGGCCCGGAGCUGAGCACAGGAAGCCCCCGGCACCGCCCAGAGCGCCGCAGCCCCCGACGCGAGCUUCUGCCGCGCGUGCUGCGUGUGCUGUCUGCGGAGACCCCGGGGGAGAGACGCGCCUGGGGGCGGGAGGAGGCCCGGGCGUCCCAGGGAGGGGGGGCUGGGGGCUCGGCCUCAGCUCACUGGGGCCCCUCCCUCCCGGGGGGGGACGCCCCGACUCCCGGCUCCUCCCACCCCCCGCCCGAGGUGCAUCCUAAUGGCAGGGGCGGGUCCUCACCCUGCAGGCCCGCAGGCUCUGUCCGCUCUCCUGGAGGACGUGAGCCUCACUGUUCAUGCCCGCCGUCUCUGGUGUGCGCAAUGACCUCCAUCCCUUCUCAGAAACAGAAGGUCGUUUAAGCAACUGAAUAAAUCGGUGAAAAUGGGGCCCCAUUGGGAACAGAUGGAUCCAGAACUCUUCCCUGGACCCCCCAGACCCCUCACACCCUGCUCUCCUCAUCAGAUGACACCCGGUGUGGUUUCUGCAGACCCCACCGCUGCGAGGGGACACCCUGACGUUUGAAGUGACAGCCAGGUGCUGUGCUGGUAAACGGCUAAGGAAUACAACAUUUUAUAAGGAC